AUGUUGCUCUCUCUGCUGCUUCUGCUGCUGCUGCUGCCAAUCUGCAGCGCCCAGGCUACUAGUUUUUAUGGGACAGUGAUGACUUACUACCCAAAAAACACUUACGCAGAUGGAUCUGUCACAGUGGUCCUACGCUAUAAGCUAAGCUUCAGCACUUGCCAAGAGAAUGCCUUGUGGACCUGUGGCAGUGGGAAUUGUGGGAAUGAGAGUUCUUUAGUGCUAAACAUUGUGGACCAGGAGAGCAGCGGAGAGUGGUGUCAGAGAGAGGGAAUCAUGACUCGCCAGGUUCCUAGCAACGCUCCGUUUCAUCUGGUAGUUCCUUCAAACUGUGAGAGAAAUUUCAGCCUGUUGGCGUUUGACCCUGACGGAGACGAGGUUAGAUGCAGAUCUGGGCUCGUAACAAUAUCCUCCUGUAUUCUGUCAUUCAUCCCAGCAGCUAACAGUUUUGAAGGUGCGUACGUCCAACAGCUGGUGAUGGAGGACUUUCCCAGGCAGAAUAUCACACUGACUCAAACCAACGGGUUGCAGACGAUCAUAACUCCCAAUGAAGCUAUCAGCGAAAUACCUGUCCAGUUUGCUUUAAGACUGGACCCUGUGGUGCCAUCUUGCACAGCGGGAAUCUAUCUGCCCAAAUUCCUGCCUCCAACCCCAGCCAACAGAGCUCAGCUUUACACCUCUGUCAAUCAGACCCUGGAAAUCAAUAUCAGUGCAAAGGCAAAUGUCUCCACAAUAACUGAGCUGCUGUUCAGCGGGCCACACAACAUAGUCCAGACUACAUCAGGAACAGGACAGUACACCCUGAGAUGGACGCCAUCUGAACAAGAAGAUGGAGAAAGCCACCCGAUCUGCUUUGUUGUCCAGGCAGUUUCCAAUUCCACCAAGUAUCAGUCUGAGCUUCGAUGUGUCAUUGUCAGUGUUGGAAACGCAACCAUUCUUCCAACUACUACACCAGUACUAACAACCAACAUCACUAUACCGACCACACAAAACACAACCAUUACAAUCACUAUGCCAACUACAACAACCCCACAAACAACAACCACAGAUCCGCCAACAACUACCCCACUGACCACAUCAAACAUCACUAUGCCAACUACAACAACCCCACAAACAACAACCACAGAUCCGCCAACAACUACCCCACUGACCACAUCAAACAUCACUAUGCCAACUACAACAACCCCACAAACAACAACCACAGAUCCGCCAACAACUACCCCACUGACCACAUCAAACAUCACUAUGCCAACUACAACAACCCCACAAACAACAACCACAGAUCCGCCAACAACUACCCCACUGACCACAUCAAACAUCACUAUGCCAACUACAACAACCCCACAAACAACAACCACAGAUCCGCCAACAACUACCCCACUGACCACAUCAAACAUCACUAUGCCAACUACAACAACCCCACAAACAACAACCACAGAUCCGCCAACAACUACCCCACUGACCACAUCAAACAUCACUAUGCCAACUACAUUUAUAACCCCACCAACUACAACCACCAUUCCUGCAACAGCUACCCCAUUAACAGCAACCAUCACUACUACAGCAAGUCCACCACCAGUUCCUACACCUGAAACCACAACAGCUGUACCCAACAUCUCAAACCAAUUUGUUGUUAUUUUGAGAGUGAAGUUUUCCUCUCCAUCUCCACUGUCUGAAGGCUACAUCAUACAACAGAUCAGAGAUGAACUGCUGAGAAAGGGACUGUCUUUAAAUGUGAUUGUACGCCUUCUCAGUAUUGUGCAACAGUAA